GAACCCAGAGGGCGCCCGCCUGCCCGAAGACAAGCCGGGGGGGCAGCCGGACCCCGCCCUUCCCGGCCCCGCUCCUCGGGGGCUGAAGGCAGCCGGAGCCGCCAUUUCCCCCCCUCGCGUCCCCUUUCUGCUUCUGUGUCCCCCCGACAAGCCAUGACCUUUGGCCGGGGUGGCCCGCCGGUGGUGGUGUUGAACGUGGGGGGCACCCGCUACUCUUUCUCUCGGGAGGUGCUGAAGGACUUUCCCCUCCGGCGGGUGAGCCGCCUGCACGGCUGCCUGUCGGAGCAAGACGUCCUCGAGGUGUGCGACGACUACGACCGCGAGCGGAACGAGUACUUCUUCGACCGGCACUCCGAAGCCUUCGGCUUUAUCUUGCUGUACGUGCGCUACGGCCACCUGCGCUUUGUGCCCCACAUGUGUGAACUCUCCUUCUACAACGAGAUGAUCUACUGGGGCCUGGAGGGAUCCCACCUGGACUAUUGCUGCCAGCGCCGGCUGGACGACCGCAUGUCCGAUACUUAUACCUUCUAUUCGGCAGAAGACAUCCGGGUGGAGCCCUUCGGAGGCGGGAGUGGCAAAAGCAACGGCCAUCCCGAGCUACCCAAGGGCCAGAGGAGCGGCGAUGCUGUGGCCCCACCUGGUGCCGGCGAGAAGAAAUGGCUGGAAAGGAUGAGGAGAACUUUCGAGGAGCCCACCUCGUCGGUGGCUGCCCAGAUCCUGGCCACCAUUUCCAUCCUGUUCGUCAUCGUCUCCAUGGUGGUGCUGUGUGCCAGCACCAUGCCGGAGUGGCGUACAGCUGAGAACCGAAGCCUGGAGGAGCAGAGCAGGUACACAGCAGACUCAAUCAGGGAGCCUUCAGGGAUAAUUGAAGCAAUUUGCAUCGGCUGGUUCACGGCAGAGUGCAUUGUGAGGUUCAUUGUCUCCAAAGACAAGUGUGAGUUUGCUAAAAGACCACUGAACAUCAUUGACUUGCUGGCUAUCACUCCUUAUUAUAUUUCUGUGCUGAUGACAAUUUUUACAGGGGAGAAUUCUCAGCUUCAGAGGGCUGGAGUCACCUUACGGGUUCUGAGAAUGAUGAGGAUUUUUUGGGUGAUUAAAUUGGCCCGCCACUUCAUCGGCCUCCAGACACUCGGCCUGACUUUGAAGCGAUGCUACAGAGAGAUGGUGAUGCUGCUCGUCUUUGUUUGUGUUGCGAUGGCAAUUUUCAGUGCUCUUGCCCAGCUUCUUGAACACGGACUGAAAAUAGGAAAACCCAAUGAAGGCUAUGCAAGCAUUCCUGCUGCUUGCUGGUGGGUUAUCAUCUCCAUGACCACAGUUGGUUAUGGGGAUGUUUGUCCAAUCACGGUACCUGGAAGAAUUCUCGGCGGGAUUUGUGUAGUCAGUGGAAUUGUUUUGCUAGCCCUGCCUAUUACAUUCAUAUACCACAGCUUUGUGCAGUGUUACCAUGAGCUCAAGUUCCGGUCUGCUAGGUAUAGCAGGAGUCUUUCUGCAGAAUUUUUAAAUUAACAAAUAGCACAUAUUGCAUUUCAUAGCAGAACUUAAUAUAUUGAAGAAAGUAGUAAGUUCUUCCUCAUUGUUUUCCAUCUUGGUGUCUGAGGAAUUAUGAAGCUGGUACAAUACUCUGUGACUUAAGAGGAAUAUCUCCCUGUUCUGUUUGAGGGAUGGUCACUUGCUCUUCACCUCAGAAGAGCCAAGAUUCAUAAGGGAGAAAACAUCUUCAUUUUCAUCGUCUCAGCAGGUGUGAAAGUUUCCACGCUCAUUUCUCCAAAUACUGAGAAGUCCUAGAUGGUACGCACUAUUUAGAGCUGAAUGCAUCUUGAUUUAAAACACUCUUGAUUUUGAAAUGAAUUUCAAAUGACAUAUCAAUAAGAAAUGUCCAACCUUUAAUUACCAGAACCACACGUAACAGCCUGUGGAUAGUCAAGGGGCAAGAUACUGGGGACGCAAAGGGGCAGAGCCAAAACGUUCUUUCCCCCCCCCUUCAAAGUUUUGAUCAGAAAGGAAAAGUUGCUGUUGUUUUUCAAACCAUGUUAAGUCUAUUUUAGGGCAUUCUCAUGUCAAAAUGGCAGAAAACGAUGCCACCAACUUUUAGUAACUGUAGUCAGAGUGGAUCCAGAGCUACAAAAGAAAUGGUUGGGGGCGGCAAAUAUAUUUUUGUAGGCCUUAAAUUGCUCCCUUGAUAGAUAUAAACAAACAUAUUCAUCUAAACAUAUACAUUAUUUUUUUUAAAAAAAUACUGGUCAGAUCCAAGUUUAUGUAGAAGAAACCCAUGAAAAUGACUGAGAUUUGUUAGCUAUCACUAUUUUGUCCAAUUUAUUUCAGUGAAUUUUUUCUAACAGCAUUUCAGUUUGGAUUUGACACAAUACAUACAGGUCUUGGUUUCAAUAUAAGGAACAAAGUUACUGGUAUUGUAUGCAAAGAAUUACGGGAAAAUUGUGAUUCUUUAUGUUGAAACUUACGUGAAAGCUACUCUUGAAAGUUGGGUAUCUUGAUUCAGUAUGGGGAGGACAAGCUGCUUUUCCGAAAGGAAAAAGCUAAUCAGAAGCGUAGAAUACAAAUUGAAUAGUAAUAGUAGUAGCAGUAAUAGUAAUAGUAAUAGUAGUAAUGAAGGUCAAUCUUCAGAAUAUAUCCAGUGAAGCUCCUUGGAUUGUAGCUUUUUGUUUAUGAGUUGCAAUUUAUAGCAGGGGUGUCCAAUCUUGGCAAUUUUAAUAUCAAUGAACUUCAACUCCCAGAAUUUCCCAGCCAGCAUUUUGGCUGGGGAAUUUUGGGAAUUGAAAUCCACAGGUCUUAAAGUUGCCAAGGUUGGAUAUUCCUGAUUUAUAGCAAUAGUACAAAUGUUUUUGAGAAAAAUCAUUGUCCUCCUUCCCAAAUCUGCUAUUGAAGGCAAACCCUAAGGCAAGUUUAAAAUCUUCCUGCAGAAAAUUGAUAUGAUAUUUUGAAGCACAUAAUGGCCACAAACUGGAUAUUUAAAAAUAUCGUAUCAUUGCUAGUACCAUGCAUGCUCUUUUUUGUCAUCCUUUCCAGUUAAAAGCCUUGCACAUUUCUUCAACAAUGUCAGAAAAACAAAGUUUGAACAGAUACAUAAUUAGAUAAAAGAAUAUUUGAAACAUGAACAAUGAUGUCUAUUUCUCAUCUGACUCUCUUGAAGAGUAUUUAUAUUUUUUCCCAUUAAUCAUAUGUAAAAUACCCUCCUUAAUGUCAGAUGCCCUGAGAUCCAUCAUUUUAAAAUAUUAGUACAGAGUUUUUCUCAGAAGCUUAUUCAACUAAAAACUUACUAAAAGUAAACUCUAACAUUCAUUUUCAUAUAAAAACACUGGUUAAAAAUUCUUUCAGUGAAUUGAAAAAUGAAGAACAUGGCAGUCAAACCAUUACUGCAUUUAAUAAGAUGCUUUAUGGUGCUACUGUCACCUCAGGAAAUAAUCUAACUUUGUUAAAGUCAAGUAACACUGUAUUAAAACAUUCAAAGUCAGUAAAGUUUCCAGAUUAGAGAUUCACAACUUAGAUGAGAAUCUGUCAUCACUGGGUUUUUUUUCUGUGGGCCUAAUUUUUUUCACCCCCUUUAAAAAAAAUGUCUAGGAUUCCAAUCCUAGUAACUUUUACAUGGCAAUAAGUCAAAGUGAUACAAUGGAACCAAAGAUGAAUUAUUGAAGAGAGCUGUCAUGAAGCAUAACUUCGAACUUUGACAAUUUGAUAGAUGUUUUCAGGGAGGGUUUGCUAUGUGAACUAAACAUGACUUCUGCAGCAAACUAAGCUUCAUUACUAUGAAGACUUGUAAAAAAUACCUUGAAUUUCCCCAUAUCACAAUACAAUACCAGGGUGAUGGUUAUUGAUGAGUUCCGAUCCUUGCUGCUCUGUGACAUGAUUAAAAAGCCUUGUGCAGGCUUUUGUCUCACAGUUCAAAUCAGAGAUUAUUAAGUAUGUUAGAAGAUGCUGGAUGAAUCAGGCCACUGACCAUCUUGUGCCCACUUCUGUCUCACAGAAUGAUCAACUGGAAAGCUUCAGGCAAUAACAUUCAUUGACUGUUGUUUCCCAGCAGCUGGUAUUUUAAAGUGUUUUAUCUGAGAUUUAGAAGGUAAUAUUUAGCUGCUCAGCCUGUCUCGCACCCUUAAAAACAUAAAAAAUAAUGGCCAUUACUGUAGCUGAGGGCAAUGAAUUUCAUAGUGUUAACUACCUGUUGUACAAAGAAAAAUUUCCUUUUAUCAAUCCUGUUGUGUGAAUAAAAUAGAUAAUGCCAUAACUCAGACCUGAGUGCCUUGGAGGAAGGAUAUAUAAAAUUGUGACAGUAAAUAUACAUAGUUCUCUAGGGAAAUCAAACAAAUAUAUACUUGAUAUAUGGAAUAAUUCUCCAAAUUAAAUUUUGUGUAGAAAAAGGCAAUUUACUGUAUUUGUCUAGUUUCUAGAGAAAAAAAUCCAAACUAUCUGGCUAUAUUUCCCCUGAGAUUGUUUUUAUAAUAAUGAGCACUAUUUUUUCCCUUUUUAAUAUAAUAAACAUAUUUUGGAUUAUCACAAAACUUAUAUCAACUAUGUUGCAUUCAAAUAGGAUUUAUUAUCUUCAAGUCCAACAGUGAUUCUUAUUAAAACAAGCAUAUCUGAAUAAAUACCCUUCCAAAUAAUUUAUUGACUGAACAAAUGACAAAUAAAACUCCAUUGAUAUGCAAGAGGAGCUGCUAGCUCAAUGUAAAUUGUACUAUGUAAAAUAUAGCACUUAAAAAAAAACUGAUUUUUUUUUAAAAACCCAUGUUUUUGUACUACUUAGUGGUACUAUUUAUAUGACUUGAAAAGCUGCCAUAAUGACCUGACUUUGUGCAGAAGAGGAAUAAGAAAUAAUAAGCCAAAGAAAUUAACCAAUGGGAUAAGAAAAAGAAAAGUCAAUAUUGUAAUAAUUUAGUUUACACCAGAACCAUUCAGUACUCCUCUUCUUAUCUUUCUACCCUUGCAAAUCAUCCUUGUUGCACCCCUGUAAAUCAUCAGAUGUCAUGCGUUGUCCUUUGUUCCUUGUAAUUCUCGUGUCUCACUUUUAAAAGUUCUCAUCAACUCUACCUGACCAUGACAUUUUAAGACUUCACUUUCCAUUUGACCCAUUCACUCUUCCUUAUAAUUUGUUUUGCAAUUCAUUCUUAUGACCAAACCAGCUCAACAUAUUUUUAUGCUAUUCAUUCACUUGCUACCUUCUUCCUAAUUUGGAGAACAAUGAUGUCCUUUUUCCCCAGGUGCAUUUUCACACAUAACAUUAGGCAAAUUACAAAAAUUUAGAAUGGAAGCUACAUCCAUAUUUUAAUCUUUCUCCAAUUAUACCAUCAGAACUUGCAGAUUUAUCAUGUUCUCACGGCAUUUAUUAGCUCCAUUUCUUGAGCAUUGAGAGGUGUUUUUUUCAACAUACUGCUGUCAUUCCUAUAUACGUCUCUAAAAUUCUUCUUUCAGGAUUCCUUCAUUUCAAUUUCAUUCUAAAUCAGCCACCAGAAUUGCUCUGUAUUUUCUUUUUAUUUUUCUCUCCUUUUCAUUCUUUUACUCUCCUUGAUUACAAUCUUUGCAACUCUUUUUUCUAUAAAUACCAUUAUGUGUCUAUUUCUCAGUCAUAGCCUCUUUCACACCAUCAUUUCACCAGGCAUUCCUUUUCAUAGCUCCUAUAUUUCUGUGUUAUGCUGUAACAUGAUUCUUUUCAUUCAGUUCCAAGGAAUUUUUACAUUCUUUUGCCGUAUGUUCAAUUUCCAUUCACUUCAUUAGAUAACAUUUGUCUAUAAUAUUUUAUAGAAUUCAUUUCUCUUUUUGCAAGUAUUUCAUUACAAGAUUUUUUGCAUCCCUACUUUUCUUUCAUGUCCAUUAUUCUAUCAAUUAUCUCAUAAUGAAUCAUAAUAAUUAUUUCAAUAAGACUUUUUAGUCAAUCUUUUUUCAUGUGUAUGCAUGAAUAGACAUGCUUAAAAUUAGUAUUUAUAUAUUUUUAUACUAUAAUAAUCAUGACUCUUAACAGCAUGCAGAAAUAAAACAUCCAUUACAAACAUAAAUGCACUAAUAACAUUCAGAAAUGGAAUAAUAAAAACACCCAAAUAAAAUAACAUAUAUUCUGAUAGCAUUAUUUAACAAUAUAUCUGAUUUGCUGUAAUGUAUAAGGGGCUGGACUACAAACCAGGAACCUGUGAGUUCUAAUCUUCCUUUAGGCACAAACUCCAGCUGGGUGACUCCCCAGGUCAGUCUUCUCUUUAGUCCAAGGUUGGUGGAGGUUAUAAGGAAAAAAGUAGGCAGGAGCAUUAUGUGCAGCAUCUUGAAUUGUGCGAAAUAAACUCAGAAUAUCAUUAAUAAUAACUCAUACUAAUUCUAAUUUUUAAAAAACUUCUGGAAGGUUACUUUAACUUGCUUUCUUCGGGCAAGUCUUAUUUCAGAGGUAGACUGUUCUACAUGGCAGCAUGAGAGAAAAGUACUUCCUCCUAAGAGCUGUUCCCUUUAUUUCAUAGUUCUGGGGAAUUGCCUAUAUUUUUAUGAUGAUGUUUAUAUAGGAUGGAUUGAUUCCAGUGGUGGGAUUCAGCCAGUUCGCACCACUUCGGGAGAACCGGUUGUUAACUUUCUGAGCAGUUUGGUGAACUGGUUGUUGGAAGAAAUCAUUAGGGCAGAGAACCAGCUGUUAAAUUAUUUGAAUCCCACCACUGAUUGAUUCUACUAUUUGAAAUAACUAAAACUUUUUCUAAGACUCUUGCCAAUCACCAUUCUCAUUCAUUCUUGAGUCUCUGAAGAAGCCAAUAAUUUUUCUGUAGUUUUUGAGCAAGACUUUGUCACUCAUCAAUUCAUGUCAACUAGCAGAAUAGUUCUUUCUCCCCGACCCCAUUAUAUUAAUUCACAAUGUGGCACAAUUUUCCCCAAAGCUCAUAUCUGGUCCUUCCAUUAUCAUCAUUCUCCAAAGCACAAAUGUCACCAAACUAUGGAAAUCUGCUUUCAUACACACACACCAGAAACCUAGAUGACAUUUAUGUAACUGCAGGAUCAGUGAUGGACCCAGAUUGGAUCCUGCAAUCUGGGUGACGGACCCAGAUUGGAUUCUGUGGGGCACAUAUUUGCCUUCAUUCAUAGAUAUAACUUUCUGACAUACACCCAAAACUGAAACUACUCCUUUUCUUAUUCAUAUACGCAUCAGCUACCCAAGAUCAGAUUUGUUGUCCUCAUUAAAAUUAUGUUUUUGAUAUCUGCCAUAUAUUUCAAUUUGUGUACACACCGAAGAAAACAAUAAAGUUGUUACAUGUCUGUGUUCAGAAUAGUUGUUCUUUCCUAUAUAUCUUUAUCAGCCAGAGGCUAUAAUUUAUUUAAUUAACCUGUUUAUUAUUUAUUACUGAGCUUCUGUUAUUUCAUGUCAAUAAAAGAUGCCUGUUUAUACAAACUGGCAUUCACAUUCUAAUAUAUGGAAAAUUAAACAAAAGCAGUGGAAUAAGAAAUGUAGUUGUUUUGCUUAAUCAUAGAACAUUUAGAUAACUGGACCAAGAAGACCUAUGAGCCCCUGAAGCAAAAUUUCAUCACAUAAGAAAUGAAAUACGCAUAAUAAAACAGGAAAAUGUGAUGCCUUGAUGAUAGAUUAGAUUUGAAAAUCUAGAUUUGAAAUAAACUUAUCAAUACCUAUCUGGAAAUAAAUUGUUAUUGCAUGCAAUGAAAAAUUCUCUAGAAUAAGCAUGUCUUAAGAUUUCCUUGUUUACAUAAAGAGGACAGCAGAGUAACUUAAUCUUAAAAUACAGAAUCCAUCCAAGAAAUUUAAAAGGUAUUUUGAUAUUGUGACUGAUAUUUUUUAAUAAAGAAAUUUGAAACAUAUGAUGAUGUUUGUUUUUUCAGCAAAAGGUAUCUAUUUAAAUGAAUGAUAUUCAAACUUUAUCAUGUCUUUGCAAUGUAAGCUCUAUUACUUUUAGUGAGAUAUCCGCUGAAAUAUAUAUUAAAAUAAAAAACCCUAUUCUUUAAUCAUAUCUGUUCCAGUCUUUAUCAAAAGAUUUUUGUAGCAACAGGUUAUGCUGUUUUUACAGUGGACUUGUAAAAGCAAUGUGUAUUAUUUUAUCACUGAACAACUUAUAGUUUCAUUUGCUGUAGGUUUUAAAGUGUAAAAAUGAUUGUCUAGAUUUCAUUUUAAUAUCACAUUAUUUUGAACAGGAAAUUAAGAAUCCUUUAUGGUGGCUAUUCAGAGCAAUGCUUGUUCAUGUAUGAGUGUUGUAGAAGCCAACUC